AUGACUUACUGUCAGCUAAUUGGUAUAUUAUGUGAAAGAUCAAAAGAUUAUUUAUUGACUCUGAAUGUAUUUCCAUCAACUCCUCCUACUACGGAUCAACAUGAACUUCAUCAUCAACGUAUUACUACACGAUUGUUCAUUCUUCUUCUCGCCAUAUCAUUAUCUAUUCUUCUUUUAUACACUUCAUUAAUCAAUAUUACACAGCUUAUUCGUGUCCAAUCACCUUCUAUUCAACAAUAUUCACAACUCUAUCAAAUGCAUAGUCAAACUUUGACCUGUGAUUGUACACAGAUAUCAAUCAGUUAUAAGAAGUUUAUUAACGUUGAAUAUGAUUUCCAUCAAGUAUGUCAAAGUCAUUUUGUUACACAGAAAUGGAUUAGUUAUAUAACAACAUCACUUGGAGGUAGUGCAGAGUAUUACACAGACUUUCAAGCGAUCGGAACAUUUAUGUUUCAAGCGCUACGUACAUUUUGUGAGCUAGUAAAUCAAGCAAUCUCAAAUGAGUUAAGUCAGUUUUAUUCAAAUCAAUAUGUGAGUGCAUCGGUAGCGUCAUCAAAUGUAUUUCAAUCACAAACAGAUGCACUCAUAUCUCAAUUCAUUUCAUCAACUACUGCUAAGUUCUUAGCAUCUCUCUCUAUGGCACGAAACAUCACGCAAAGCAAUGCUUUAGUUUCCGGUCAGUUUACAAACUUUAUGUUCAUUGAUCAACCGUCGGAUAAUUUCAGCUCUUAUUCCCAAUUAUACGGAAAUUGUACGUGUGCUUUGUCGGCUACUUGUGUUAUUCCAAGUACGAUUAAUCAGUUAUUUUCAGUACCAGGAUUGUAUGUCGGAUGUUAUGUAAUUGAAGCAUUACUUCAAUCUAAUCUUCAAUGUUUCUAUAACAAUACUUGUAUCAAGAGAAUACAAUCAUAUUUCGAUGAAGUCGCAGGGGUCAACUUCACACCGUUGAACACAUCACUGUUAAAUGGGUCUUAUGAGAAUACUACUAUCGAAGAACUUCUGAAUGAAUUGAUGGUUGAAAAAUGGAAUUUAUCAAGUUCAUAUAAGAAUUAUUAUAAUGAAUGUCAACCAUCCGAAUGUAGUUAUAGUGCGGUAGCAAAGAAUAGUGCAAUUUAUAUUGUAACAACAGUGAUUGGAUUGAUUGGUGGUUUAAUCAAGAUUCUCAAGUUUGUUGUACCAUACAUGAUUCAGUUUCUAUGGUUCCUUGGAAGAAAAUGCAAAUUCAGACGUAACACGGCUGUCAGUAUAGAUGAUAUUUAA